CCAUAUUGUGCAACCGAGUCAAUUUAAGCAACAAUCUGCUCUAAAUUCAGAGACAAUCAGGCAGCUGUCCUCCUUUUCUCACGACAGAAGAAGCGUUCUGUACUUUGUAGAGAUCAACUUUUUAUUGAAAAGAUCACAAUGGCUCAACAACCGCUUCUGUCCCUGCCCGAGUUUCAGAACGUAUCCAUGGCCACUUUGGUAGUGAAGGAGCCUCUGAACUUCUGGGGAGGACAGAGAGUGAAGCCGAAACAUGAGAAGAACGCCGAGGCAGUAUACGAACCUGCAACUGGCCGUGUGCUGUGUGACAUGAUUCCCUGUGUGGAGGAGGAGGUAGACCAGGCCAUAAAAAGCGCUCAUUCUGCAUACUUACAAUGGCGCAAGCUGUCCGGUAUGGAGAGGUCCCGGAUCAUGCUUGAGGCUGCCAGAAUUAUCAGGGAGCGCAGAGAUGAAAUUGCAAAAGUGGAAGUGAUCAACAAUGGCAAAUCCAUCACUGAGGCUGAGGUGGAUAUUGACAUAGCCUGGCAAUGUAUUGAGUACUAUGCUGGCAUUGCCCCCACAUUGUCAGGCCAGCAUAUACAACUUCCAGGAGGAUCUUUUGCAUAUACACGAAGGGAGCCGCUGGGUGUUUGUGUCGGCAUAGGAGCCUGGAAUUAUCCCUUCCAGAUAGCUUCCUGGAAGUCAGCCCCGGCAAUGGCCUGUGGCAAUGCUAUGGUCUUCAAACCAUCUCCCAUGACUCCAGUGACAGCAGUCAUUUUGGCAGAGAUCUACAAAGAGGCCGGUGUCCCUGAUGGACUCUUUAAUGUGGUGCAAGGAGGAGCUGAGACUGGAUCUCUGUUGUGUCACCAUCCCAUGGUGGCUAAAGUGUCUUUCACUGGCAGCGUGCCCACGGGAAAGAAGGUUAUGGAAAUGGCAGCCAAAAGUGUGAAGCAAGUGACACUAGAGCUUGGAGGGAAGUCACCUCUUAUCAUCUUUAAAGACUGUGAACUUGAGAAUGCGAUCAAAGGAGCCCUCGUGGCCAACUUCCUCACACAGGGAGAGGUGUGCUGCAAUGGAACGCGAGUGUUUGUGCAAAGGGAGAUCAUGCCUCAGUUUCUUGAAGGAGUGGUGAAAAGGACCAAGGCCAUUGCUGUUGGCAAUCCCAUGCUACGAGAUACACGCAUGGGUGCGCUUAUUAGCAAACCUCACAUGGAAAAAGUGUUGGGUUUCAUCAGCCAAGCUAAAGAACAGGGUGCAAAGGUGUUGUGUGGAGGAGAGCGAUUUGUUCCCAGCGAUCCCAAACUGAAAGAAGGAUACUUUGUUUCUCCAUGUGUGUUGGAUAACUGCAGGGAUGACAUGACUUGUGUGAAGGAGGAGAUCUUUGGCCCCGUGAUGUCCGUUUUGCCUUUUGACACAGAGGAGGAGGUUCUUGAAAGAGCUAACAACACAACCUUUGGCCUGGCGUCUGGCGUCUUCACCAGGGAUAUAGCUCGAGCCCACAGAGUGGCUGAGAACCUCCAGGCAGGAACGUGCUACAUCAACAACUACAAUGUUGGCCCUGUGGAAGUUCCUUUUGGAGGCUACAAGAUGUCAGGUUUUGGGAGAGAGAAUGGACAAGUGACCAUUGAAUACUACUCUCAGCUCAAGACUGUUGUGGUGGAAAUGGGAGACGUGGAUGAAUUCUUUUAAGCUUGUGGGGUUAACAAUCAGCAUUUCUUAUGACAAUGUGAUUUUUACAGUGUUCAGAUCAAUAGCUUUUUCUGUGAGCACAUUAGUGAAUGGUACAUAUCUGUCUUCCGUAGGCUUCAAACAAGGAUACACAUAUAUGCAAAGUUGCUAAGUGUAAAAAGGAAUACAUUGGGCAAGAGUGGUACUGUAGUAGCAAUAGUUGAAUGUUCUUCUAAACUCCAGCUUUUCCCAAGGCAAUAUUUCUGUGUUCUUUGUUUCUGUCAUAAUCCAUGGAAACACUAGAACAGGAUUAACCGUUAACCAUAUGUAUUUUACAGUACUGUGAAGUAUAAGCGUUUGUCAUAGUAGUCAAAGCUAGCUAGUUUUCAGAUACAAAGCAAGUGCCUUCCUGAUUAUUUACAAGUUUAUAGCAUUUAAAAUAAAAGCACCUGGGUUUCCACAAAACAAA